AUGAAGGCUAAUAGCGCAGAUGCGAACGCAGACACAACUAACACUUUCACUCGAACAACUACCAACACAAACAAUAACAAUGCAACGAGUACACCACAUAACGCAUCCAGACUUGUCGACAGCACCGCUGAAGAAGUAGAUAUAGGGACAAAUCGCAUACAGAACGCUAUUGACACACGAGAGGUGGAUGUCGACACAAGACCCUUGGACGAUAAUUUUAAAACAGGAGACGUCCUAAUAGAUAGCGACCUAUAUGAUGUUACCGUGUGCACAAGACAGAAGAAUGAUGUGGAUGAUUUUCAUGCAAAGCUACCUUGUAUAUACGACGACGCAUCCUACGCGGAUGUCUUUACUCACCUGCUGCCGAUGGACUGGGUUAAGAACACGCUUAUUCCUGCGACUAACGACUCAUUAAGGAAGGUUGAACAAUGGAACACAAACACGGAUGCACAUUUCUAUGCUAGCUCUAAGGUGUGUAUCGACGAGACUAUGAUGAGCUGGGAUAACCCGUUGGGAUAUUCCCAGAUCCAUUGUCCUAGAAAACCAAAAGAUAAUGACAAUGAGUGGAAGACCAUUGCCUGCUGCGAGACGAACAUCAUUUUGAGAGUCGACCUUUGUGAAGAUAGCUUACCUGCCGAGGCCACUGUAUUCCGAAGAGCUGUCCACAGUGGGCAUCGUCAUGAGAUUAACGGACGGCAUUAA